CUUUUGACGAGUAUCAUGAGUGAAUAUGACGUCAUCAAGUUUCUAAAUGGCGAUCAAAGCUUUUGUAUUUGACAUUUAAGUCUUUAUUGUAUACUAACAUUUGUUUGAUAGACGUCUAACUUAUUUUAGACAAUAAUAGAAAAAUUUGAAGAAUCAAGCAUGGAUUUUGAAGAUGACUUCUUUUUCGAGGAAGAUAAAAUCUUAUUGGAUAAUUCAUUAAUAUCUCAUGGCAAUGCUUCAGUUAAUAAUUCAAGUGGAUUAAUCAAGGAUAAAAUUCCUGGUUCUGUAACCACCGUGCCACCAGCUAUUGUUGAAUUGCAUCAAUUAGCCAUGAUGGAAGACCGCAUACCAGAUGUAGAAUUGGUCGCACAAGAUCAAUCUAUACCACAACUUCCCAAUAUUCAACUGGGUAUGACUAUUACUUCUGGAAAUGUAGUAAUACAAAAAGAUAACAACAACCUCAUUGGUAUCAGUAUUGGUGGUGGAUCUCCUCUUUGUCCUUGUCUAUAUAUUAUACAAAUUUUUGACAAUACACCUGCUGCAUUGGAUGGUACUCUUCAAUCUGGGGAUGAACUAGUAGCUGUAAAUGGGGUCUCUGUAAGGGGUAAAACAAAAGUAGAAGUUGCAAAAAUGAUACAGUCUUGUGAUUCCCAAAUUAGCAUUAAUUACAAUAAAUUGCAUGCUGAUCCUAAGCAAGGACGUACUCUUGACAUUGCUUUGAAAAAGGUUAAACAUCGAUUAGUAGAAGGGAUGGGUAGUGCAACUGCUGAUGCACUUGGUUUAUCGCGUGCUAUUCUUUGCAAUGAUGCUCUUGUUCAAAGACUAAAUGCUCUGCAACGUACAGAAAAUUUAUAUAGGGGAUUAGUCUCUCAUGCGAAAGCAACAUUACAUACCUUUUUUGAUCUCACUCAAAUUUACAAAGUAUUUGGAGAUACUUUCGCAGCAAUAGGCGUUAGAGAGCCACAGCCACGUGCUAGUGAAGCAUUUAGACAAUUCGGAGAACAACAUAGACAAAUGGAAAAAUUUGGAGUGACUAUGUUAAAAACGCUAAAACCUAUAUUAAAUGAUUUAGGCACAUACCUUCAUAAAGCAAUACCAGAUACACGUUUAACGAUAAGCAAAUAUGCCGAUGCAAAAUUCGAAUAUCUUUCGUAUUGCUUGAAAGUUAAAGAAUUAGAUGACGAAGAACAAAGUUAUGCAGUAUUACAGGAACCUCUUUAUCGCGUUGAAACUGGAAAUUAUGAGUAUCGAUUGGUUCUACGAUGUCGACAAGAAGCUCGUGCUAAAUUUGCAAAAUUAAGAGCAGAUGUGCUCGUUAAAUUAGAACUGCUCGAUAAUAAACAUGUUCAAGAUGUCGUAUGGCAAUUACAAAAAUUUGCAUCUGGGUUAGCAAAAUAUUAUGCUAAUAGCGCAGAUUUAUUAUCGGCAGUAACAUUAUUCCCUGUAGAAGUUGACUUAUCCCAUUCCGCGUUUCAAUAUAAAUCGACUGGUCCUCAGUCAGUACAAGAUAACGAAGAUAUCGAUGAGUUUGAGCCAGAACAAAAACAAGAAGUCAAGGAAGAAGUUCUCAUAGAUACACAAAAUCCACCAUUAAUAUGGAUGGACGGAAAUAAUAUGUAGCGAUAUGUACCAAAAGACAAUUAAAUGAGUACUUUUGAACUUUUA